AUGCAGCAUGCAAUUAUUUCUUACCAAUUUUUUACCUUUUUUUCAGAAAAAAGGACAGAUAAAUCGGCAGUGUCUGGUGCAAUCAGAUUGAAGAUCCAUGUUGAAAUUAAGGGAGAAGAGAAUGUGCCUCCAUACCAUAUACAGUACACGUGUUUGCACGAGAACUUAUUCCACUACUUGACAGAAGUUCAGAAUAAUGGUAGUGUCAAGAUCCCUGAAGUAAAAGGAGAUGAAGCCUGGAAGGUUUACUUUGACGACUCUGAACAAGAAAUAGUAGAUGAAUUUGCAAUGCGCUAUGGAAUAGAGUCUAUUUAUCAAGCUAUGACGCACUUUUCUUGUCUGUCUUCGAAAUACAUGUGCCCAGGUGUCCCUGCCGUCAUGAGUACUUUGCUGGCAAAUAUAAAUGCAUUCUAUGCGCAUACCACUGUAUCAACUAAUGUUUCUGCAUCAGAUAGAUUUGCUGCAACAAAUUUUGGGAGAGAAAAGUUUAUAAAACUAUUGGAUCAAUUGCACAACUCCCUUCGGAUAGAUCUUUCUAAAUACAGGGAUAACUUCACAGCUACUAACCCUGAAAGGCUCCAGGACUUGAAAUCUACAGUGGACCUGUUAACAAGCAUCACCUUUUUUCGCAUGAAGGUUCUUGAACUUCAGAGUCCUCCAAGAGCUAGCACUGUGGUGAAGGACUGUGUGCGGGCUUGUUUAGAUUCCACCUACAAGUAUAUUUUUGUUAACUGCCAUGAGGUUUACUCACAGCUAUUAGACCAGGGUAAAAAGCAAGACAUUCCACGAGAAGAACAAGGUCCAACAAUUAAAAACUUGGAUUUCUGGCCAAACCUUAUUACUCUUAUGGUCACUAUCAUUGAUGAGGAUAAGACUUCGUACACACCCAUUUUAAACCAAUUCCCCCAGGAACUGAACAUGGGCAAGCUCAGUGCAGAGGUGAUGUGGAACCUGUUUGCUCAGGAUAUGAAGUAUGCAUUAGAAGAACAUGAAAAACACCGUCUAUGCAAGAGUACAGAUUAUAUGAAUUUGCACUUCAAAGUAAAAUGGUUUUAUAAUGAAUAUGUGCGAGAACUUCCUGCAUACAAGGAUACCGUCCCGGAAUAUUCUCUAUGGUUUGAGACUUUUGUUAUUCAGUGGCUGGAUGAAAAUGAAGAUGUGUCAAUGGAAUUUCUUCAUGGUGCUCUCGGAAGGGAUAAAAAAGAUGGAUUCCAGGCAACAUCUGAACAUGCCUUGUUUUCCUGCUCAGUGGUUGAUGUCUUCACACAAUUAAAUCAGAGCUUUGAGAUUAUCAAGAAAUUAGAGUGCCCAAAUCCAGAAGCGCUAUCUCAUUUAAUGAGGAGAUUUGCAAAGACCAUCAACAAAGUGCUUCUUCAAUAUGCUGCAAUUAUAUCCAAUGAUUUCAGCUCAUACUGCGGAAAGGAAAAUGUGGCCUCUAUUCUGAUGAACAACAUUCAACAACUGAGAGUCCAACUGGAAAAGAUGUUUGAGAAUAUGGGUGGGAAGGAGCUUGAUCCUGAUGCCAGUGCAAUGCUAAAAGAUCUUCAAGUGAAGCUCAGUUCAGUGCUUGAUGAACUCAGCUUUUCUUCUGUUUCCAGUUUCCAGAACAUAAUUGAGGACUGUGUGAGACAAAUGAGUGUAGAAUUAAAUCAGAUGAGAGGCAAUGGAAACGCAUCCACAAACAGGAACAACGCAGCCAUGGAUGCUGAAAUUGUACUGAGGCCUUUGAUGGAUUUUCUGGAUAAAACUUUAUCAGUGUCUGCCAAAAUAUGCGAGAAGACGGUGUUAAAACGUGUUUUGAAGGAGCUGUGGAAAUUAGUCCUUAAUACAAUUGAAAAGCAGAUUGUACUACCCCCCCUGACGGACCAAACAGGGGCCCAAAUGAUUUUCAGUGCAGCUAAAGACCUUGGACAGUUGUCUAAAUUAAAGGACCAUGUCAUUCGAGAGGAAGCUAGGAGCCUCACUCCUCGCCAGUGCUCCAUUAUGGAAGUCGUGCUCGCCACUAUUAAGCAAUACUUUCAUGCUGGGGGAAGCGGCCUGAAAAAGAAUUUCUUGGAGAAGAGCCCAGACCUCCAGUCUCUGAAAUAUGCUCUCAGCCUAUACACUCAAACUACUGAUGCUUUGAUAAAAAAAUUUAUAGAUACUCAGACAUCUCAAGGCCUGUCUUCAGAAAGUUCAGUUGGAGAAAUUUCAGUUCAAGUGGAUAUUUUCACUCAUCCUGGGAAUGGUGAACACAAGAUUACAGUAAAAAUUGUGGCACUCAAUGGCUUAAUUUGGCAGACGACAGCUAUGUUUCGGCCUUUUGUUGAAGUCUAUGCAUUAGGUCCCAAUAUGGCUGACAAGAAAAGAAAAUUAAGCACUAAAACAAAAAGUAACACCUGGUCACCAAAAUACAAUGAGACUUUCCAAUUUAUUCUAAGCAAUGAAGAAGGGCCAGCAGCCUAUGAACUUCACCUGUGUGUAAAAGACUACUGCUUUGCAAGGGAAGAUCGCAUAAUUGGAAUGACAGUCAUUCAACUGAAGGGCAUUGUGGAGAAAGGCAACUGUGCAUCUUGGUAUCCACUGACAAAGAACAUCUGCAUGGAUGAAACUGGACUGACAAUCCUAAGAAUACUUUCUCAGAGGUCCAACGAUGAGGUCUCCAAGGAGUUUGUCAGGUUGAAAUCAGACACAAGGUCUCCAGAGGAGGUCUAAAGGGUUGCUGCUGCAUGGGGGAAUUGAUCUCAAAGAAAUCUUUUUAAAUACAGACACAAACCAUUGAUACGGUGUUGUUCUUUGAAUAGUGUAUGCAUGUGCAAAUCAGUGGGAAUGUUUAUUCAAUAUGUUUCAGUGUUUGCUAGUACACUGGUACUAUAUUUGCAAGGUGUGUUAAAGAAAGAAGUGUAUUUUCUUUUUAUAUGACUGAUAUUGGGCAAGGACUUGUUCCCAUAAAGUGCCAAAACCUACACCUUAGAAUUGAAACAAGCUAAUGGUUAUUUUUGGUAUACAUUGUUUUCUUACCAAUUUUCAGCCUGGUUGAGUAAUUAACUAUUGAUCAUUGAGUUGUAUUUGUUAAAUAAAUGUGUGUUGUCAUGCAGUCCGUAAUGUUCAAGAUCUUCUGACCUGCUAUUCUUAAACAUGCCAUCAUUUAUUUUCUUUGCCUUUAUUGCAUAAUCCAGUUAUUGUUUUGUUGCAACAUGUUUUGUACAUUGUAAAUCCAUUCCUGAUUAGAACUAUUCCCUUUUCAUAAAAGAAAGGAUGGGGCUAUUUUAUGUAGAUCUAACACAACCUUUCUGGUAUAUCACUGUGAAGAUAAAUUGUAAAGAUGCUUGCCCUUUCUUAUACAGUAAUAUCUGCUGUGCAUUCCAUUUUCUUAUUGGAUCUUUCUGCAAAUAGUGCUAAACACAAUGGUCUCAUUUCUAAUAAGAACUUUUUGUGUUGCCUGCAGUCAUCAAUCAGAUUCAUGCUAUAAACAACCUGGGAAAAAUAUGGUAGCUGCCAUUGCUGACCUCCAUCU